AUUGUACUUGCAAUACCAAGGUGUAGAUCUAGCAGAUAAUAUGAGAGAUCCACCAAUAGAAAGAGAAGAAUUAACUAACUUAUUUGAUAAUAUAAAGCAGGCUAACUUAGUAGCUAUAAAUGAACAAACAGAAAUACAAAUAAAAGCUAAUAUAUUGAAUGAGGUGAUUGGCCAAUCAGGAAAUGCAAUAGUUAAAUUAAGAGUUAUAGAAGAUUUCUGGAAUGAAGAUUGA